AUGAUUUCUACUGAAGAACUUGGUCCUACUAAACCAGACUUAACAUUUGAAAUACUUUCUGGAGAUGAUUAUUAUCAAUUAGAAUGUUCUUCUCUUGAUGAUUUUAAUAAAUGGACUGUUACUUUAGCUCCUUUGAUACAGUCAAUAGGAUAUUUUGGAUAUUCAAUUGAUGUAGCAAUAGAAAAAGGUGGCUGGUAUGUUCCAUUACCAUUAUAUAGAUUAAUACCUUAUUUAGAAGAAUCUAAUUAUUAUAUUACUCCGAAAAUUAUGUUACAACAAGUUGCACCACUUGAUUUGUGUCGAUAUAUUUCUAUUCUUGACUCAGGAAAUGAUAUUGCUACUAAUUCUAUUUAUCCUAAACUUGCUUUUGAAAUUAUAAAAAUGUAUUUAAAACGAUUGGCUGAACCAAUAUUAGGUAUUUAUUAUUUUGACAUGAAAAAAGGAUUAGCAACAGAAGACUUAGUCAAUAAAGUAAAUAACAUUAAAAAGAUUAUUUCAUUAUCUAAUGAUGAUGAACAAUAUACUUUAUAUUUUGUUCUUAGACAUCUUCAUAAUAUUUAUUCAAAUAAUGACUUUAAUGAAUCAACUAUUUCACAAAUUGCUAAUACUUUUGGUCCAUGUAUCAUUUACAAUAGUGCUGAUUUCAGUUAUCAAUCAGUUAUUAAAGAUCUUAUUGAUAUCAUGCUUGAACAAUAUGAUUAUAUUUGUGAUGAUUUAAAUAAAAAAGGAGAGCAACUUCCUCCAAUCCCUAAUUAUCCUUCAGUUGUAUCAAAUGAAAAUACUCUUUAUAACGAACAACUUCAACAAGCAAUAGUUAAAUUCUUAAGGCAACAUUUCGACAAAGAAGACUCGUGUCAUUCUUUAGAAUCUAAAGUUGAAGUUAAAGAGUUAUUCCGAUCUAGAAAACAAAAAUCAUCCUUUGACAUAGAUCCUUCUUCUAUUCUUGAAUUUCAUAACCAAGCACUAAAUGGAAGAAAAACUGAUAGUCCUUUAUCUUUCAACAAUGACAGACUCCAUAAAGAACAAUUCCAAAGAAAAAGUGCUCAGUUACAAUUACAAGGAGUUGCAAGACCAAGCAAAUUCAAUAUAGGUAACGCCAGAUUAACUACUCGUCUUAAUCAUUCUCAAUUCACAAAACUAAAUCAAGAAAUGUCUAGAACUCGUUCAGAAUUAAGUACACCCCCUUUAGUUGCUGAUAAAUCUAAUGAAAAAUCUCGUGCUGAAUCAUUACCAUCUGAAGCAAGGAAAGAAAGGUCUCUUUCUUAUAGCUGUGUUACUCCUCGUACAAAUAGAAAAAGAACAAUGUUUUUAGGAGAACGAAAUAAUUCAGAAAGAAUACAAGAACAUAUAGAACCUGAGCUUCAAGAAAUAGAAUUAGAACUUACUAAAUCUAGUGAUAGUGUUGAUAAUGUUGUUAAAUGUUAA